AUGUCGCGUCUUUCUCUGCUCGUUUUCGGCGCUCUUCUUGUCGCUACUUUUGCUCAAUUCUGUCCACAAUGUCAAGAAAUGUGCCGUGACGCACGCGCAAACUUCAAGCAGGAUUUCUCGAAAGUCACCGCGGGACAAUUGCAAACGUUCAUGGAAAGCGAGUGCAAACUGAAAUUCACCGGACCAUCGAUCCCCGUUUGCACGAGUUUCGUUGACCAAAAUUCUGGUCAAAUGCUCAAGGAUUUCCAGAACGGUUUGAGCGAUCAACAAAUCUGCCAAAACGGAGGACUUUGC